UAGGAUAUCGUACAAAAAAGCAGGGCGGUUCUCGUUCCCGCGGCAACCCGUCGUCUUCCCAUGUCCACCGCGCCCCGCGGCGGCCGUGCACAACCAACGCCACGCCACGGCGCCACGAAACCAGACCGGCCGGGACACCGUCGGACAUGGCAGCGCCGCGCCGCGCGCACGCCUACCUCCACCUGCUGCUCGCGGUCGCGCUGCUCCCCUGCUGCUGCCUCCCGCGCCGCGCGGCCGCGCAGUCCCCGCCGGCGGGCGACGCGCGGCUGCUGCUCGAGAUCAAGCGCGCGUGGGGCGACCCGCCCGUGCUCGCCGGGUGGAACGCCACGGCCGCGGGCGCGCUCUGCAGCUGGCCGUUCGUCGGGUGCGACGCGGCCGGGCGGGUCGCGAACCUCACCCUCGCCAACACCUACGUCGCGGGGCCCUUCUCGGACGCCGUCGGCAACCUCUCCGCCCUCACGCACCUCGACGCCUCCAACAACAGCAUCUCCGGCGGGUUCCCGACCGCGCUGUACCGCUGCGCUUCGCUGCAGUACCUCAACCUCUCCCAGAACUACCUCGGCGGGGUGCUCCCGGCGGACAUCGGCCUCGGCCUGGGGGAGAAGCUGACCACGCUCGACCUCAACGGCAAUGAGUUCAACGGCACCAUCCCGGCGUCGCUCUCCAAGCUCCGGAGCCUCCGGUUUCUCGCGCUGAACAGCAACCGGUUCGCCGGUACCAUCCCGGCGGAGCUCGCCGAGCUGACGAGCCUUCAGGAUCUGUACCUGGCGAACAACCCGUUCGCCGCAGGCCAGCUGCCGGCGUCGUUCAAGAAUCUGACCAACCUGGUCAGCCUCUUUGCGUCGCAGUGCAAUCUCGUCGGCGACUUCCCAAAUUUUGUUUGGGGCCUCAAGAAGCUGCAAAUGUUGAAUCUGUAUACGAACAACCUCACCGGCGAAUUGGCAGUCGACGGCUUUGCUGCGAGAAGCUUGACACUAAUCGACGUCUCAGAUAACAGAAUUAGCGGUGGCAUCCCAGAAGUGUUUGGGAGAUUGGAGGACUUGUCAGUCUUGAGCCUCUUCAUGAACAACUUCUCCGGCGAGGUACCGGCCAGCAUCGGCCAGUUGCCGUCACUGACGAAGUUGAGGCUCCACACCAACAGGAUUAGCGGCACGCUCCCACCAGAGCUCGGAAAGCAGCAGCCGGGCUUGUUUUAUGUUGAGGUUGACUACAACGAGCUCACCGGCGGGAUCCCGGAAGGGCUGUGCGCCGGAGGCAACUUCCAGUACCUCACCGCCAAGGGAAACCGAUUGAACGGCUCCAUCCCGGCAGGUCUUGCCAGCUGCGCCACUCUGGGAACCCUGUCACUGGACAAUAACCAGCUCUCUGGCGACGUGCCGGAGGCACUGUGGACGGCGACGCAGCUUUACUUCGUGACACUGCAGAGUAACCGGCUCACCGGGAGUCUUCCGGCUACGGGCUAUCUCAACCUUACGGCGUUGCACAUAGGGAACAACCAGUUCGGUGGCAACAUUCCGGCUGCAGCAGCUGCACUCAAGGUGUUCACCGCCGAGAACAACCGUUUUUACGGUGCGAUUCCGGCGAGUCUUGGCGACGGCAUGCCGCUCCUGCAAAGACUGAACUUGUCCGGUAACCAAAUCUCCGGUGGGAUCCCGAGAAGUGUUGCUAAGCUAAGCCAGCUGACGCAAAUGGACCUGAGCAGGAACCAGCUCACUGGCGAGAUACCAGCAGACCUGGGCGCCAUUCCGGUGCUCAGUCUCCUGUACCUGUCGUCGAACAAGCUCUCCGGUGACAUACCGCCUGAGCUUGCGACGCCGGCACUCACCUCCCUCAACCUGUCGUCCAACCAGCUGAGUGGCCAGGUCCCGGCCGGGCUCGCCACCGCGGUCUACGACGCCAGCUUCCUUGACAACCCCGGCCUCUGCACGACAGCUGUGGGAUCCGGCUACCUCACCGGCGUUCGCUCCUGCGCCGGUGGAUCACAAGACGGCGGUCCUUCCGGAGGCGUCUCGCAUGGACUCCGCACGGGCCUCCUCGUCGCCGGCGCCGCGCUCCUCCUCGUCGCCGCGGCCUUCGCCUUCUUCGUCAUCGGCGACAUCGAGAAGCGGCGGCGCGUCGCGAAGCAAGACGACUGGAAGAUCACGCCUUUCGUCAAGGAUCUGGGAUUCGGCGAGGCGUCCAUACUCCGGGGCCUGGUGGAGGAGAACCUCAUCGGCCGCGGGGGCUCGGGGCGCGUGUACCGCGUCACCUACACCAACCGGCUCAACGGCAGAGCCGGCGCGGUGGCGGUGAAGCAAAUACGGACCGCCGCGCCGCUGGACGAGAGGCUGGAGCGCGAGUUCAAGACAGAGGCUGGCAUCCUCGGCAACCUCCGGCACAACAACAUCGUCAGGCUGCUCUGUUUCCUGUCCAGCUCCGACUCCAAGCUCCUCGUGUACGACUACAUGGAGAACGGCAGCCUGGACAGGUGGCUCCACGGCGACGCCCUCGUCGCCGGCGGGCACCCCAUGGCGAGGGCGCGGUCCGCGCGGCGCGAGCCACUGGACUGGCAGACGAGGCUCAGGGUGGCCGUCGGCGCCGCGCAGGGGCUGUGCUACAUGCACCACGAGUGCGAGCCGCCCAUCGUUCACCGCGACGUCAAGUCCAGCAACAUCCUGCUGGACUCGGAGUUCCGGGCCAAGGUCUCCGACUUCGGGCUGGCCAGGAUGCUGGCGCAGGCCGGGGCGCCGGAAACGAUGUCCGGCGUCGCCGGCUCGUUCGGCUACAUGGCUCCAGAGUGUGCUUUCACCAAGAAGGUAAACGAGAAGGUCGACGUCUACAGCUUUGGCGUCGUUCUCCUGGAGCUCACCACCGGCAAAGAGGCCAACGACGGCGGCGAGCACGGCAACCUGGCGGAGUGGGCACGGCACCACUACCAGUCAGGGGGGAGCAUCCCCGAUGCCAUGGACAAGGGCAUCAGAUACGCCGGGUACUCUGACGAGAUCGAGGUCGUGUUCAGGCUAGGCGUGCUGUGCACCGCCGAUUUGCCGGCGUCGCGGCCAACCAUGAACGACGUGCUGCAGAUCCUGAUCAAGUGCAGCGAGCAGACGUGCCACAAGAGCAAAACGGAGCGUGGCCCGGAGUAUGAGGCGGCUCCACUACUGCUGCCCAAAGGCAGUCGCCGGAAACAACUCUCGAACGACUCGGGGAUCGACACGGAAGAGAAGAGCGACUUCGAUAGCAUUGUCUGAAGAAAGGAUCCGACCACUGCACAUGCUACUAUGCUAGUGUCAGCGAACGGCUGUUGUAGUGAUACUUCAGUUAGCACAUUGUACAGCAGAGAAUUAUGCAUCCAAUCCCCAACUAGGUACAGGGAUAGUAUAGAGCCGGGCUUGUGGGUUGUGGCAGACCAAAACGCUCAGUGUUUUUGCGCCGCAAACCUGUAUUAAAUCACACAUACAGUAGACCGUUCAAACAGAAGAACUAGCAAACAUUAGUACAUGACUACGAUUAUACUAGUUUCUUUCUGAAACCGAGGCUGUAGCCUGUAGCUGAAGCUCUGAACAUCCAUUCAAAAAUUACUACUACGACUGCA